CGGGCCGCUUCCGGCCCGAGCCCCCGGAACCGCCGCCUCUCGGGGAUGGACGGUCAGACCCUGCGAAAGGCUGAGCGAAGCCGGUCGUGUGCCCAGGAGAAGAAGGAGGCCUACGCUAAGGACAUGGUGACGGACUUUGACGAGAAACACGAUGAGUAUCUGAUCCUGCUGCAGCAGAGGAACCGGAUCCUGAAGCACCUGCAGACCAAGGACCCCGUGCGGCGGCGGCUGGAGCGCCUGGAGCAGGGCUUCUCCGUCUACGUCAACGGCGCCAACUCGGAGUUGCGGCCGGCCCCGCGCAGAGCCCUCCACCCCGAGCCCGCCAGGAGCGCCUCUCAGGCCGAGGGCGCCCACGAUCUCGCCCGGAGGACCCUGUCCCGAGAAGGCGAAGACGCUCCGCGGCCCAGCCCAUGGGCCGCCCCCGGCAGAGCCCAGCGCCGAGGAUGGCACCAGAAGUCCGUGCAGAUCCGAACGGAGGCCGGCCCGCGGCUGCACAUCGAGCCCCCACCGGACCCUUCCGAGGACGCUGAGCCACGCGGGGACACGGCUGCCGAGGACUGUGCACAGGAGCUGAGGAAAAGCCUGGAGCUGAGGAAAAGCCUGCAGCAGGGGAAGGACGGGGCCAGCAGUGACGAGUACGACUCCAUCGAGGAGGACGUGUUCUCGGAGCCCGAGCCGGGGGACCAGCCCGGAGACGGCCCCGCUCUUUUCAGCGGGGACCGGGUGCAGAAGGAGUUGGCAGAAGACCCCGAGACAGAGAGGCGCCCUCCCCCGGGCCCCGACUCCCUCGUGAUGCUGGAAUUCAACCCGGCUUCCACGGGUGCUCGCAAGGAAAGGAUCCUGUCUGCGAAGCGGAAGGAGAACGCCGAGGUCUUCAUCCCCAGCAAGUCGGAGCCGACCCUGCACCCGCUGACGCCCGCGGUGCUCCCGGAGCAGGAGAAGCCGUGCUCAAGACCCGGGAGCCGGUGGGAGAGACCCCUCUCGGCCACCCGGAAGCCCGUGCCGGCGGCGGAGGACCGGGAGGAGGACGCCUCGGCGGUGCUCAGGGCCAUCCAGGUGGAGAACGAGGCGCUGCAGAAGGCGCUGUGUGGCAGGAGGGCCAGCCCGCAGCCGGCACAGGCUGCAGAGGGACCCGCCGCCCGCCCGUGGAGCGGUCUGCUGAUGGACAAGGGAGAGACCGGCGAGUGGCUUCCCCCGGUGCCCUCGGCCGCCAGCCCGCAGGAGCCGGCCAAGGCGGCAGGGGGCGCCCAGGCUGUCGGCGAGGCCGUGGACAGAGCCGGCCGGUUGGAGAGCAGGCAGCAGCAGAAGCUUCUCCAAGUGCUCCAGGCCAUCGAGAGUGACCCUGCCCACCUGGGCCAGCCGCUGUCACCCCCCGAGGAGCCCGUGAGAGCCCCAGAGGGCCCCGGGAGACCGGACGCCGUCUACGUGACCAUGGAGAUCCUGUCCAACUGGGGCCACCCCGCCUGGGUGGGGCUCCUGGCGGUCGAGUUCUUCGACCAGAGCGGCACGAAGCUCUACGUGUCGCCACACGACGUGGACAUCCGGAACGCGGACGCGCCCGGGGACUUGGGCCAGCUGGUCAGCCGGCACUCAGCCGGGAGCGACGCGGGCAGGCACGCGGCCUCCCCGUGGCUGUGCCCCUUCCAGCCGCCCCUCCAGCUCUUCUUCGUCCUCCGCCACACGCUGCAGCUGCCCAGCUUCCGCCUGGCCAGGAUCAAGGUGUGGAACUACUGGACACCAGAUGGGGAUCUCGACGUCGGUGCCAAGAGCGUGAAACUCUACGUCAACGAAAGCCUCGUCUUUGACGGCCAGCUGGACAAGGGCGGGGGCGAGGCCCCGGCCGGGCAGAGCAUCCCGGUCAGCCUGAAGAGGCCGGGGCAGGCCGGGCUGGGCCUCGGCGAAGACGGUGAAGAUGCCCAGGGCCCAGGCGGCACGGAGGGGGCCGAGGCUGGCAGGGGCGCGCCGUCCCCCGGAGCAGCGGCGGCGGCCGGGAAGGCGGCACCAGCGAGUGUCUCCAGGGACCCCCCGGAUCCCCCCGGUGGCAUGUCCGAGUCCAAGGGCGAGUGCAGCGUGGCCGCCGCUGUCCCUGCCCCGCCCGGGGAGGGCGCCACCCCCGGCCCCGAGCCGGCUCUGAUCCAGCAGCUGGAGGGCCUCAUGGGCAGGAAGGCCUCGGAGCCGGCGGGCAGGACGCCGUCCUGGCUGCAGGCUGCCCCCGCCGCCCCGGGCAGGAAGCCCAGGCCCCUCUGGCUGAGCCCCGAGAAGCCUCUGGACUGGAAAGGCCCCGGGACGGGGCUGGCAGACGCCGAAGACCCCGAGAGUGACCGCGGCCCCCGGCGGGAGCAGGGCCGGGCCAGCAGCUGGGCCGCCGCCACCACCCCGGGCGAGAGAGCCCUGCGGGGUCCCCCCUGGGGCAGCUGCGAUGACUUCGACCUCAUCUUUCAGCAGCCCCCGCCCCGGGAGCCCCCGGCCAGCGGGAGGAGGGGCGGCCCCAGGAGGGACCCCAGCCUCAGACCGGCCCAGGACCAGCCGGCCAGCCGAGACGCCGCCAGAGCGCCGUGGCCCAGCGAGCAGGAGCAUCAGCUGCACGAGUCCUGGGACUCGCUCAGCGCCUUCGACCGCAGCCACCGGGGCCGCAUCUCCCGCGGGGAGGAGUUCCCGGGCGACAUCCUGGACGAGUUCCUGCAGCAGCAGCGGGGCGGCCGGCUCGGGGCACCGGCACCGCCAGUACCGCAGCCGCCGGCGGCCCAGGAGGAGGGGAGGCCGGAGUGCGCGCCAGGACCCGAGGGCGAGGACGACGCGGGCGACUUCCAGAUCCCCGUGCUCCCCUACGGCCAGCACCUGCUCAUCGACAUCCGGUCCACGUGGGGCGACCGGCACUACGUGGGCCUGAACGGCAUCGAGAUCUUCAGCUCCCGCGGCGAGCCCGUGCGCGUGGCCAGCAUCCGGGCCGACCCGCCUGAUAUCAACAUCCUCCCCGCCUACGGCCGGGACCCCCGCGUGGUGGCCAACCUGGUCGACGGCGUCAACCGGACGCAGGACGACAUGCACGUGUGGCUGGCGCCCUUCACGCCGGGCCGGGCCCACUCCGUGGCGCUGGAGUUCGCGCAGCCCUGCCAGGUGGCCCUGAUCCGCGUGUGGAACUACAACAAAUCCCGCAUCCACUCCUUCCGCGGCGUCCGCGACGUGGAGAUGCUGCUGGACGGGCACUGCAUCUUCCGGGGGGAGAUCGCCAAGGCCUCGGGGACCCUGGCGGGAGGCCCCGAGCACUUCGGCGACACCAUCCUCUUCACCACGGACGACGACAUCCUCGAGGCCGUCUUCUGCUCGGACGAGACCUUCGACGGGGACAGCGAGGGCCUGUGCGGGCUGCAGGGCGAGGAGGCCCCCAGGAGGCCCAGCACGGCCGACGGCACGGGCGACGAGCGGCCCUACACCCAGGCCGGCCUGGGCGCCGAGGACCCGGCCCCCGAGCUGGAGCUGCCAGCCAGCCCCCCCGCCCCUGAGGUCGCCACGCCAGAGCCAGGCAUCUACCACGGGAUCUGCCUCCAGCUGAACUUCACCGCCUCCUGGGGGGACCUGCACUACCUGGGGCUCACGGGCCUGGAAGUGGUGGGCAGGGAGGGCCAGGCCCUGCCCAUCGGCCCGCACCAGAUCUCCGCCACCCCCAGGGACCUGAACGACCUCCCGGAGUACAGCGACGACUCCCGGACGCUGGACAAGCUCAUCGACGGCACCAACGUCACCAUGGAGGACGAGCACAUGUGGCUGAUCCCCUUCUCGCCGGGGCGGGACCACGUGCUCACCGUGCGCUUCGACAGGGCCCAGAGCAUCGCCGGCCUGCGCUUCUGGAACUACAACAAAUCUCCCGAGGACACCUACCGCGGGGCCAAGAUCGUGCACGUCUCCCUGGACGCGCUGAGCGUCUCGCCUCCGGAGGGCUUCCUCAUCCGGAAGGGGCCCGGCAACUGCCACUUUGACUUCGCCCAGGAAAUCCUCUUCGUGGACUACCUGCAGGCCCGGCAGCCGGCCCGGCCCGCGCAGAGGCUGGAGGCAGAGAGCCUGGAGCGGGCAAGCAUGGACUACGAGGCGCCGCUGAUGCCCUGUGGCUUCAUUUUCCAGUUCCAGCUCCUGACCAGCUGGGGGGACCCCUACUACAUCGGGCUCACGGGCCUGGAGCUCUAUGACGAGCGGGGCCUGAGGAUCCCCCUGUCGGAGAACAACAUCGCCGCCUUCCCCGACAGCGUGAACGCCCUGGACGGGGUGUGCGGGGACGUGCGGACGCCCGACAAGCUCGUGGACCAGGUGAACGACACCAGCGAUGGCAGGCACAUGUGGCUGGCGCCCAUCCUGCCCGGCCUGGUGAACCGCGUGUACGUGAUCUUCGACCUGCCCACCACCGUGUCCAUGAUCAAGCUGUGGAACUACGCCAAGACGCCCCAGCGGGGGGUGAAGGAGUUCGGGCUGCUGGUGGACGACUUGCUGGUGUACAACGGGGUCCUGGCCAUGGUGGGCCACCUGGUGGGGGGCAUCCUGCCCACGUGCGAGCCCACCGUGCCGUACCACACCAUCCUGUUCACCGCGGACUCGGACAUCUGCCACCAGGAGAGGCACACGGCCAUCAGUGACCAGGCGGAGGACCAGGACGUGCAGAUGAUGAACGAGAACCAGCUCGUCAGCAACGCGCGCAGGAAGCCGCGGCAGGGCGCCGACCCCGCCCUGCGCCCCAAGACCUGCAUAAGCGAGGACAGCAGACGGUGGCGGUGCUGACGUGGCCACACGGUCCCACGGCCCUGCCCCGCCCGGGCCCUGCCUCAGUGUCCCCGGCCGGCACUCCAGAGCAGGAGACGGCAUGGAGUGGGGGGCCUGGGAGCCCCGGGACCCACAGGCAUGGAGGCGGCAUGGGGUGGGCGCCCCCACCCUCCUACCCUCCCACCGACGGGGACCGCUGUGGGGAGCCGGGCGCGUCCGCCAGGCCUGUCCCAAGGCCCCUGGGUGGCCCGGCCCGGGGCCAGGACCAGGCUGAGGCGGAGCCAGGCAGCCCUUGGCUCUGGAGGGCACCCGGGCGCCAGCAGGACUGACCCAUUUGUCCAUGGUGUCCAGCGCUGUCCAGGCCUCGGGGAGCCAGGCGUGCGGAGGGGCGGGGCGGGGCAAGCAGAGGCUCCGGCUAAGGGAGCCCUCAGAGCACCAGCGACAGGACAGCACCUGGCCCGGGGCCGUGCCUGCUGGAGGCCCUCGGGGUGCCGGCUGGCCAGCCCCCGCUGCAUCCCAGCCCUUGGAGCCGCGCCCGCCGCCCGCGCCCGCCGCCCCAGCCGGGGGAGGCCCGGAGCACCUCUAUUUCCAUCCCCGGAACAAGCUCGGAUCAGGGACCUAAUUGGUUUCCCGGUGGCAGAUAAUUUCUCAACCCGCCGUGCUGUGCUGGCGCGCGGCCCGCCCGCUCUGGCCGCGGGCUCCGGCCCUCCCGGUGCAGCCUGCAGAGCCGCUCCUUCCCAGGGAGCCGGGCCGUCGUCGGGGCGACAGGGAAGAAAAGCCCCUGGGGAGCCUGAGCCCCUCCCCGUGGGGGCUGCAGGCCCGGAGCAGCGGGGUCACUGACGAGGUGCCCGGGUUUGCGCCCCCUCACCCCCGGCCGGGGCAUUUGGUGCCAGCGGCGCCCCGGAUCACGGCUGACGUUUGACAGAGUGUCCCGGGCAGCCCGGGGGCGGGGCCUACGGGCACCGACUCAUAAAGUUUCUAUUUUUUGUUUCUUCUCUCAAAAUCAAUAAAAGAUGUUUU